UGCUGUUCAUUCUGGCUGCUCGUGCCCCGCAGAGGCUCGUCAUAUAAAAGCAGCACCUUGGCUUUGUUUACAGCAAAGUCUAGUGGAAGCGGUUGUGUCUCGGAACACAACCGUCAGUACAUUCUCGCGCCCCUGUCCUUAUCUUUGUCUUCCAUAUCUGUACGAAGCAGUCAUGGUGGCCAUGACGAAGAGAGUGAAAAGCUUUCAAAUUGUUAUGGAUCCCGUCAAGACUUUUUACUGCGGCGGGGAUAAGGUAUGUGGCCAGGUAGAAGUGGAAGUGAACGAGGUGACGCGUGUGUCCGCAGUGAAGGUCCUGGGUUUGGGCCGCGCCAAGGUGGAGUACCCUAAAGGCAAGCAGCGAUGCCGACAGGAGGACGAAUACCUUCGAUAUGAGGAGGUGCUGAAGCUGGACGAGCAGCCUACAGACUCAGAUGGAUCAGUGGUCUUGAGGCCUGGCAACAAAUACAAGUACAUCUUUGGAUUUGAGCUCCCACAGCAAGGGCAGCUAGUGUCAUCAUACAAGGGGAAGUUUGGCUAUGUCCAGUACUAUGUGAAGGCCCUGAUGGAGAGGCCACAGCAGCCCACUAUUGAAUGCAUGAAACCCUUUGAAGUGGAGGAGCCCCUGGAUGUCAACACCCCAGACCUGUUGUCCCCUACAGGUGGAGUGAAGGAGAAGAAAGUUACCUGCAUGUUCAUCCCUGAUGGCCAAGUAUCACUAAAUGCAAAAAUUGAUCGCCGUGGCUUCUGUGAAGGUGAAGAUAUCUGCAUUAAUGCAAAGUUUGAGAACACCUGCUCCCGUAUUGUGGUGCCCAAGGCUGCCAUCAUUGCCAAACACACCUACCAGGCCAAUGGCCGCACCAAGGUCUUCCGGCAGAAGCUGUCCUCGGUGCGUGGGAACCACAUCAUCUCUGGCAUGUGUGACGCCUGGCAGGGAAAGACCAUUAGGGUGCCGAAGAUCAAACCAUCCAUGUUGGGCUGCAACAUCAUCCGUGUUGAGUACGCUCUGAUGAUUUACGUCCACAUCCCUGGUAGUGAAAAGCUGAUCCUGGAGCUGCCACUGGUCAUUGGGACUGCCGGGCUGGGCAGCCGCAGCAGCAGCGUGAGCAGCCAGGAGGGUUCGGUCAGCAAUGCCUCCCAGAGCUGGGUGUCCCUCAGGAUGCCCUCUAACCCUCCCAGCUACUCUGAUGUCACCCGCGACUGCUGCCUGGACCAGCCCCUCACGCCACUCCUGGACGACUUUGAUGGAGAUGACAGCCCCAUCUUCAUGAACGCACCAGCCUUCCAGUUCCCGCCUCCUCCAGUAUACACUGAGGCUUGAAGAGGAGUACAGUGGCAAUGCUCGCAUGCUGCCAGUCUGCUGAAGUCCAGGAGGGAUUCUGAAACUGUGGUCCAGCUCUCAGGGACCGUUCAUCUAAGGCACUUGAAAAUGAGCAGUAGAUCCAAACUCCAGUGGAGAUGUGUUGGAUGGAGAAGUAAAGCCAGGACUGUGGAGGUGGACAAAAGGAUGCUUGCCUGUUCUGUCAGCUGUCUUCACUGCGCUUCUAUCACCCACGCUGAUCCUCAGUCUUCCUCCUGGUGCUCUUCGGGUCGUAGAUGUGGAGGUGGAGCCAUGGAGCCUGUGGCGUGCUACAUUUCUGAAUAAGCUGUCCCUUCCAGAGACUCAAAGUGCUAGGGUCUUAAUGUCCAUUCAAAGCCACCUUAUGACUUUGUUAUUGGGGCCAAGCAUUGUAUGAGUCAGUCCCCAGUCUGUUGUGAAAUCUUUGCUGGUUUGGGGUUUGUCUUUUCCUUGUGACACUCUAUCAUUCCAGUCAAACCCUGUAUUUUCAAGUGAUUUCACUAGAGGAACCUUCCUUUUUGUCACUCAAGUCCAGUCAGUUUGGGUUGCUGUAAAGAAUUUGUCAGAAAUGUUGCCCUUGAGAAUUACAGCAUGUACAAUAAUCUUACACCAGUGUUUGGGGGGAAAAAAAAGUGGUCUGUAUCUUAUUGCACUUUUUGAUUGACAUAUAUUGCUCCACUCUGGCCUACAAGAGUUUCUGUUCGUUUAGUUUUUUUGAACAAUGUUUGUCAUGUGGAGAGUGAAUUUUCUGUAGUGAAAACACUCUGAACUUGUUAGAACCUGACAUUUGAUUCCCAAACCCCAGCUUGAUGAUCAGAUCAUAUCUGAGCUGCAGUUGUCUUCGACAGCAUUUCACUGUGAGAUCACCACUGUGGCGGUUUCACAACUUCUCUUCUUUCAGGGCUUAGAGAAAAUCACUGUUUAUGACUGAUUUUGUGAGAAAGUAUGUUUGCAAUGCAUCCUUUAUACUUACAAGUAUUUUUUUUGUAUGAAACCCUAUGGGUUAGUUUUUUAUUAAAGAAAUGUUGAAAUAA